CCUUGCUCUGCAUUCGACCCUUUGGUUCGAGAAGGAAGCUUUUUAUCGGCAUCGGUCUCUUGCUAGUUUAGUAGUUGGCAAAAGCUCAAGUCACAACUUCGGAGUGACCUCCAUUAUGGAGUCGGCUCUGUCAAGUGCCUGCCGCUCCGCGGAAGAGCUUUUGAAGCGUUGCAUUCAAGUUCGCACUCUUGAAACGACAACGUGGAUCGAUCCAUCUUUCAACUGGGAGAAUGCACGCAAGGCCAUUUUCAGUAUGAUUGAGAAGAAGGACGGUGUUCUUGCAUAUGUCAGAAAGGAUUCUACUCGUGUUCUGAUCCAGAGCCAGGAAUCUUGGAGUGCGGUCUGUGCCGAAGGUGUUAAAAUGGCCAGUAAUGGUGGCAAGGCGUUGGAGCUUGAAUACAUUGCUCCAGCCACUCGCUCCUGCGCACCAUCUGUCCAGGGAUGUCCCCCGUCCAAGUGCUGUCCCCCAUCCAAGUGCUCCCCAUCUGCAGCAAGCGGAUGCAGCACAUCCUCUUGCAAACCUCAGUCAUCUGGCUGCUGCACCAGUACUGCGCCCAAGAAGGCCGAGGAGAAGCCUAGAGAGAAGGUCUGCUGCCAUCCUAUUCCUGGAGAGUUCAGCAAGCCCAAGGACUGCCGUGAAAAGGCGCCGUGUAGUGUGCAAAAGCCUGAUGUUGAAUGCUGUGUCAAGUGCCCCAAGAUGUACCCAGAGACGAAAAUCUAUGCUGAUGUUGGCCCCAAGCCCGUUAACCCUACACUGGACCAGUACAAGUACUCAGGUGAAGCGUUGCGUGCUUGCCAGCUCGCUCUUGGUCCUAUUGGUGGUGGCGUGAUUGCUAUAUCGGGAGACGGUGGACUGCGUCAGUGGCAAGUUGUCAACGAGGUCAACCACCUUGGUCAUGUUCCCGACUCCUUCUGGGGUGUCAAGGUUGAGAUGGGCAGCACAACCAUUUCGAGGGUGUUGCAAUCUGACGCCUGGUAUGACGAGACCGGGUUCGUCCCUGCUGCGAUGGUAACUGAUCACGAAAUCCCACCGGCAUCUAAGGAAUUGUUGAACAAGCUUCCUGGUGUACCAGAGAUCGAGAUCACUGCCAAAUACCCCUCGGUUGAGGUUGACUACCCGAAUGCCGGACUGCCAGUCGACAUUCACAUGACUGCCUUCAACCCAUGUAUUCCCCUCAACAACAAGGACAGCAGCAUUCCGGUCAUCGCUUUCCAGUUUGAAGUCAACAACCCGAUGGGAGAGGAUGUGCAAGUCUCCAUGCUCAACUCGCAACAGAACAUUGUCGGCUGGGAUGGACUAAGCCAAAUCAAGAACGAAGUGUACAACAAGUCCUAUGGUGGAAACUCGAAUUCUCUGUUGACGCUGGGAGAUAAUUCUUCUAUGGUUGCCAUCGACAUGGUCAACUCAACGUUGGUUGAUCCCAACGGUAAACACUACAACGCUCACGAUGGCCACUUUGCCAAUGCCGCCCUCCUUCAGGAAAGAGACAUUGUGUCAACACUGUUGCAAUACGACUCUGUCGAGGACAUGUGGUCACAGUUUAGCAGUUCCGGAGGCUUGACUGGCAAGGGAUCAGCUGGUCCUUCACCUGAUGGUCGCACUUGGAACGGUGCUCUUGCUGUCAGCCGUGUGGUACCAGCCAAAAGCAAGACCACGUUCACAUUCUUCUUGGCCUGGUAUUUCCCCUACCGCUUUACAAACUGGAGCCAGCCUCAUUAUGCUUACACCAAUCCACCACUGCUUCUCGGCAACAUGUAUGGGAAUCUGUUCAAGGACAUCCAUGACGUAUUGUUGUACACACAUACCAACUUGACCAGGCUAACUGAGCAAACGAUGGCAUUCCGCGAUGCCAUGUUUGAUAGCACGCUGCCGUGGCAACUCAUUGACAGUGCAGCUGGUCGUGUCUCGGUGCCAAGGUCGCCUACUUGCAUGUACCUUGCUGAUGGUCGCUUAUAUGCCUUUGAGGGAUGCAGUACAGAAGCUGGUUGCUGUCCUCUGAACUGCACUCACGUCUGGAACUACGAACAAACACUCUGCCAGUUGUGGCCAGAGGUUGAAGUCACCAUGCGUGAUGUAGACCUGGUUGCAGGUCAACAGGUUUCUCCCGCUGAUCGCUUGUUGUCGCGCUGUGAUGUGCCACUGAUGAUGCGCCCACAGUGGAUGUUCUGGCCUAAUUACGACGGUGGCUUGGAAAGUACUGCCUUGUGCGUUGAUGGAGAGAUGGGUGGCGUACUGAAGCUCUAUCGCGAGGUCCGCUUUGGCGCACCGCGAAAAUUCUUUGAUGCUGCCUGGCCCAAUGUCAAGCGCAUUAUGCACAGGUGGAUGACCCAUAACGACCAGGGAGACGGCACCAUGAAGAUUGCACAGCCGAACACUUAUGAUACUUCAAUGUUCGGUGUCAACACGUUCAUCGGAGCUCUCUACUUGUGCGGCCUUCGCGCUUCUGAGGAGAUGGCUAAGAUGCAAGGAGAGACCGAGUUGGCUACGGAGUAUCACGAGCGAUAUGUGAUGGGCCGUGCCUCGUUGGACCGCAAGUGCUAUGUCAACGGCCAGUGGUACACGCAAGAAGUUGACCCAGAGAACGCCAAAGAGGUCGUGUCUGACUCAACAUUUGUCGACUGCCUCCUCGGUCAAUGGUGGGGCUACCUUCUGCAGCUUGGUGAUAUCCUGCCAAGGGAUCACUGCCAGAGCACCGUUGUCAACAUUUUCGCUCACAACCACAUCGACUCCUUUAUUCCAGCUGACCAGGCGCCACGCCGCUUCUACGAUCAGCGUGAUGCCGGACUUGUCAUUGCCAGCUGGCCAUCCGGUGUGCCACCAGCAAACCGUCUUCUGUACUCCACCGAGUGUGCUUGGACUGGUCUAUCGCAUUACUAUGCAUCUCUCUGCAUCUACCUCGGUGUGCCUGAUGUUGCCUUGAAGGUUCUUCAGGACUCUCGCAACUCUUACGAUGGUACCCGCCGUAGCCCGUGGAAUGAGAUCGAGUGCGGUGACCACUACUCACGCCCAAUGUGUGCCUUCCAGCUCUUUGCUACUGCCUCUGGACUGACAUUUGACGUCAUUGAGGGUCCAAUUUUGCGUGUUGGUUUCAACCCAAGGCUGUCCUUCGACAAGUUCCAGGGCUUCUACGUUGUUCCCUCCGCAUGGGGACAGUACUUGCAGACUGUUAACGCUGACAGAACUUCUGGCACUGCUUCCGUCAAGGUUACCUAUGGUCAGAUGGAUAUCUCUGAGCUCACCCUUCCUUUCUCCACGUCGUCCAUUGUGGUUAAACUGAGCAGCUCUCCUGCUCACGUGCGCUACAGUCGUAUUGACCAGACCACCGAUGGUAUCGUGAUCACAUUUACAACUCCCGUCAAGGUCCCGGCUGGCAGUUCACUUGAAGUCGUUGCGGGCAGCUCCGCGUACCGCUGGUAAAACGUUUUGUCGCCUUGCUCUGCUCUUUGUAGAGGAAUUGUGCAGAACCUUUCUACUGGAUAAAUGCAUGCACAGGUGCAUUUCUGCCCUUAAGUUAUGUCCACAUUUAUGUUCUUCCCGACUAUAGUAAUUAGGUUAUUUUACCAAGUAGCAAAGGAUGGCCUUGCUUGCGACACUUCCGAGUUCUCAUAAUGUGUAUAUUCGUUGGCUUCUUCAGAGUUCUUCUUACACUGCGAGCCCCUCCUCAGGCACGAUCCAUCUUCAAGAGAUGUGCUCUUGUAGUUUAAUUUUCCUCCCAUCCGCCGGGCUCUCUAGCCCCUUGAUUUGUACAUAGCGUUUUGGUAUGUAUGCUUGCAUUUGCACCAAUGCUGGUGCGGAUCUUCACCUUCCUGGGCAGAUCGGCUUUGGCGUCCUUACCUCCCCAGCUAUUUACUACUAGCAUACUGGCUCUUCUUCGCCUAGUACUAUCGCUUCUCUUUUGGUGUGCUGAAAGUCGCUCAACCAAGCGGCUACGUUAGUACUUAUUUUCUUUUCUCUUUUUUUAAUACAUUAUAGUUGCUACUAGUAUUUCUCUCUCUUUCUAUAAUUCUUUCUAGCUAUUAGUCUAAAAUAAAAGUUGAACCUGA